UUAGUCCAUAGUCUGUGUUAACCCUCGUCCCUACUGACUGUGCCAAAAGACUCUAGCUCAGCAUGGGGCACCUGGGAUGAGCUGGUCUCCUCUUUGUCCUGACAGGUUUCAGUGUUCCCAGUGCUUUUAUAGCUGGUCUUCUGCCAAGGUGCACAUCCUGUUCCACAUGUGCCACUGCCAAGGCUGGGGCACGGUAUUGAUGCGAAUCUUUCGCCAGAAAUGCAGGCGCUGCCGUAACUCCCAGCUGGAGGAUCCUGACUUCAGCCUGGACACUGUGGAGACAAUUCUGCACAACCUGGUGAUAAAGAUCCUCCAGUAUUUCUACAAGAAGCCUGUCCAGCCCUCUGACCUCCUGGAAGUGGUAGUGGAUACACCGGUGACGGGCCCACACGAGCAUGCCCACUGCGAGGCCUGCGAGCUCGGCAUUUGCAGCAGGGCACAGCGGGCCCCGGCUCUGGAUGCCUGGAAGUCCCUGAUGGAUGAGGACAAGGCCAGGAUGCACAGCAUCGAGUCAGGGCUGGCCUGGCCAUCAGAAGUCCGGAAGUCCUUAAAAAAUGACGGGGAGGCUGGAACCCAUUGCACGGAAUCAUGGCCAUCCCUGAGAUCAGAUGACUGCAAGCCCUUGAUUGGUGUGGGCAAGGCCAGGACCCAUCGCACUGAGUUGCAGUCAGCCCGAGCAUGGGUUGCCUGGAAUACAAACAUGUCCAGGACCUCUCAGACCCUGAAACACCAGGGCUUAAGGCCCCAUGAAGCCUCGACCCACCACCCCUCACCCUCCAACAGCAACUUCUCCUGGAAAUGGUGCUGCUGCAUCAGCAGCUCUUUGCUCUGUGUUUUGGCACUGAUCAUCUUCAUUGUGCUUUAUUUUACCAUUAUGUAGAGGGACCUGGGGAUCACAGAGAGGAGUCGGGAGACCAGGGAAGCUGAUGAACUGCCUGGAAAAUUGGGUACCCAAGAUCAGCCCUUGCUCUUGGCUCAGCAAGCUCCCCAGCUCCUGGUGGCAUGGCGACACAUUGGGAUGCCUCAGCCCGGCACCAUGUCCCACAGCCUCUGGGAGACUGAUGGGUCUGAUGGAUUCUUAUGGGACUUAUUCUAUAUGAGGAUGAAUCUCCCAGCUACCCCAUGCACAGGAUUAGGUUUAUUACUUGCAAGAAUAAAACAAUCCCCUUCUCCUCAGCCCAAGAAUGCAUUUGUGCUUUUUAAUUUCUCAAAAGCCUUUUAUAGGUGUGUGUUGGCAUCUUGAAGGGAAG